GUGCAAAAAUAAAUAUGAAUAAUACAUUUCAUCAUACACCGUCUUUAUCAGUUGCAAGAUCGCGCUUUAAUAUUUUAAUGAAGAAUAUUGAAUCUGCUAAUGUAGACGUUGAAGAAAUAGUCGAAGAUAAUGAACAUAUGCUUGAAAGUCGGGAAACCUUUGUGCAGGUUUUACAG